CUAAAUCGUUUUGGAUCCACCGUUCAAACUUCAAAUCCCCAAACCAAAAAAUUUCACCAACACUCCCUCACAGCACCAAAUUUCAAAAUUUGACUGCGAAACUCUGAAAGGGAUCUUUGGUUUUGAAGCUGUGAAGUUGCAAUCCUAAGUAAUUGCGAAGCUGGGAUCUGGAAAAGAACCCCUCUUCUUCCUCCUCCACCCCUCUCUCUCAUCCAGCGCAACGCAUACAUUUUUUGAAAAUUUAUUGCAGGGAGGUGCAUUGGUGUAUCUGUGAUAACCCUUUUGCAGAUAGCCCUCCAAGUGUUUGUUUUGUUCUAUCCUGCUUCUAAAAUUGCCGUUAUUAAUUCAGAUUUUUGACCCUAGUGAAAUGGAAGAGUGAUUAGGAACUGUUUCAGUCAUUUCGUCGAACAUGGCGUGACCGAUGCAGAUUAUGAGGCAUUUGAGAGGAAUGUGAAUGUUGGCUGGAUGUUUUUGCUUGGGAUCUGUCGCACUGUCUCCAAUUUUUGCCGCUGAGCUGGAGGUUGUGCUAGGGUUUUUGGGCAUUUUGAUUUUUGCUCUCGGAGUUCUGAAAUGACGACCACCACCAAACGUGCUUAUAAGCUACAGGAAUUUGUAGCUCAUUCUUUAAGUGUGAACUGCCUAAAGAUUGGGAGGAAAUCAUCAAGGGUACUUGUGACUGGAGGAGAAGAUCAUAAGGUCAAUCUCUGGGCUAUUGGGAAGCCCAAUGCUAUACUGAGUUUGUCGGGUCAUUCGAGUGGAAUUGAUUCAGUUAGCUUUGAUUCUUCGGAGGUUUUGGUAGCCGCUGGAGCAGCUAGUGGUACCAUUAAGCUUUGGGAUUUAGAGGAGGCUAAGAUUAUUCGCACUCUCACCGGUCACCGAUCAAAUUGCAUAUCUUUGGACUUUCAUCCCUUUGGGGAGUUCUUUGCAUCUGGGUCUCUGGACACAAAUCUGAAAAUAUGGGAUAUCCGAAGGAAAGGUUGUAUACACACUUACAAAGGUCAUACUCGAGGUGUUAAUGCAAUCAGGUUUACUCCUGAUGGGCGAUGGGUUGUAUCUGGCGGGGAGGACAACACUGUGAAGCUAUGGGAUUUAACUGCGGGCAAGCUUUUGCAUGAUUUCAAAUGUCAUGAAGGCCAAAUUCAAUGCAUUGAUUUCCAUCCUCAUGAGUUUUUGCUGGCAACAGGUUCAGCUGACAGAACUGUUAAAUUCUGGGAUCUUGAAACUUUUGAGCUAAUUGGUUCAACUGGACCCGAGUCAACAGGAGUGCGUUGUAUGACCUUUAAUCCUGAUGGAAGAACCCUGCUUUGUGGCCUGCAUGAGAAUUUGAAAGUUUUCUCAUGGGAACCAAUCAGAAGUCAUGAUACUGUAGAUGUGGGGUGGUCUAAAUUAUCGGACAUGAAUGUUCAUGAAGGAAAGCUUCUUGGAUGUUCUUACAAUCAAAGUUGUGUUGGAGUUUGGGUUGUAGACAUUUCGCGCAUUGAACCAUAUGCAAUGGGCAGUACUGCUCGAUUAAAUGGUGACUCGGAUUCAAAAUCUAAUUCUGGUGGUUCAACUGUAUUAACAGAAGAUAAUGUAAAGGCCAAUUUGGGUAGGCUUUCCAUUUCACAUAAUUCUGAUUCUGUGAAAGAAACAAGAUCAUUCACGAGGCUCUCUGUCCAGCAGAAUUCAGAUCUUAAUAAGGAUUCUAAAUCAGUUUCAUCUACUGCCAGUACUCCGUGCACUCCUCAAAGGUCAAAUUUCAGUGGUGUUCCAAAAGCAACUCAAAUUAAUUCAGCAGCAGUUGCCAAUGCAACAAACCCAAAGCGACAAGCUGCAAAAGUCCAACCAACAGCGAGUAUAUCUGUAUUCAACAGAUCUGAUGUAAUUCCAGUUGUUGUGCCUAGAAAUAGUCAAAGGCUAGAGCAGGCUUCUGAAUCCAGGAAAGAAGAUGCUCCAGUAAAAACAGUACCUCUAUCUUACCAGUCAAAAACAUCUGAGCUGCGUAAAUUUGUGAAUGCCAGAGAUGAUUUGGAGAGGCCGGUUGUUUCUGCUCAAUCUGAUAAUGAGCUCCCGAAGGCUACUGAUUUCAGUGUACCAGAUAGGAUUAUUGGUACUUCAGUUAAGAGCUCAGUUAGUGGAGUUGCCGCAGCUGAGAGAAAAUCCAAAGAUGAUAAACCUAUGAUUUCGAGAAAAGUUGAUACAAAUGCAACUAUUGACGCCCUAGCCAGAUACCAGCGUGAGAGUUAUGAACUUCGAGGGAAUACCAUGAAUAUGGAUACAUCUCAUGUAGAAGGUCAAAAAGGAGGUACAGCUACACUAUCUAGCCGAACCCAUUCAAUGGUCUCAAACUUUGAGCAUAAAGGAAGAAAUUCUUACCGUCCUGGUCUUGCUUCAAGCAAUGUCUCUGGGAAAUUAACUGCUAGAAGCUAUCCGUUAAGUGAUGAAAAUGAGUCAGUCUCUGCUAGUGAUGAGGAUACUAUUGCUGACUUGAUGGAACUGCAUGAUCAAUUUGUCAGCUCAAUGAAGUCUCGUUUAAACAAACUACAGGUGGUCCUCAAUUACUGGCAAAGACAUGAUAUAAAGGGGGCCGUUAGUGCAAUCAGCAAAAUGGGAGAUCAUAGUGUGGCUGCUGAUGUAAUGAGCCUUUUGGCAGAAAGAAUUGACAUGGUCACCUUAGAUAUUUGUUCUUGUCUUUUGCCACUCCUCUCAGGACUUAUUGAAAGUGAUAUGGAUAGGCAUCAAGAUAUUGCACUUGAAGUGCUACUAAAACUGGUCAGACUGUUUGGCUCUGUGAUCUACUCUUCAUUAUCGGCGCCAUCAUCUGUUGGUGUAGAUAUUGAGGCAGAGCAAAGGCUGGAGCGUUGCAACCUUUGCUACGUGGAGCUUGAGAAAGUGAAAGGCUGCCUGCCCGUCCUCUCGAGAAGAGGUGGGUCUAUUGCCAAGUCUGCACAUGAGCUGAAUCUGGCACUUCAGGAAGUUUCAUGAGUAACUGAUAUUCCGCUAUACUAUGUGCACUAUACACUGGAAGGUCACUGUGGUAUUGCUAAGGACUGCAAAUUUGGAAUUUGAAGUGCUUACAAUUGUUAUGCUCCAAGGUGCUGGUCAACUGUGUAAAUGCUUGCUCAGUGAAAUUACUGACCGAUUCUUUGUCUUAACUUAAACUUAGCCAGCGGACAGCCUGCCUACUGCCACCCAAGAGAUACUGGCACAAGCCUGGUCGGUGGAUGCUGAUCC